GACCCCUAGUUUACUUCUCCCCCACUUGGCUAGCUCGCGCUCCCAUUUCUUUCCCAACGUCUCUCUGUCCAGCCUCCGCCUCUCCCCUGUGCCCUCCCCAGUCCCCAGUCCCCACCCUGCCCUGCCUGCGCUUUCCACACCGCUCCGCGUGCGCCGCACGUAGCCCGCACCUCCGCCUGCCGUGCCGUGCCGUGCUCUGCUCCUCACCCGAUGCUGCCGCCGGCGCGGUCCGUCCCGAGCCACAGGCGGAGAUGAGCUCCAGGAACCGCUCCGCCGCCUCGUGCGCUGCCCCGGCUGCAGCACCAUCUCUCCGGACGCCGCGCCGCCUCAGGCGGCGACCGGUUAAGGCGGCAGCACCGGGGCCGGGCGGCGGCGGGCGGCGGAGCGGGCCCGCGACGCCGCUGCUGAAAUGGGACGUGGGCGGCCGGCGUGGUGAGGGCACGAAGGCUGCCGACGAAGCGGGGGACGCCGCGCGGGCGCGGGAGACCAAGGCGAGGGAGGUGUCAGUGCGGAGGCUCGCGGCCGGAGUCUGGCGGCUGCGCCCGCCGGAGGCCGUGGCCGGCGCCGGCGCCGGCGGCGAGAACAGGGUCCGUGUGGGUGUCGAGCAUAUCCCAAGGCAUCUACAAGUCCAGCUUCUGAAGCAGAACACUUCAGGUCAUCACCAGAGUUUGAAGAAUGAGGUUUCAAGCCCCAUAUCUGUUCUGGAGCGGAAGAGUGGAGAGCUCCACAAGGUACAACUUCACGCUACCUCUGCCAUGCUUCCUGUCGCUACCAUGGAGAAGGCAACGAAAUGGGAGCCUGGGGACAUAAAGGGAAUGGAGUCACAUGAUGCGUAUCUGAUAGCCAGCCAGCUAAAUCUUCUUGAUGAACAGCAAGACACAGUGUAUGUUGCUGGCCUCCAGAUGGAGCUCCAGCAAGCACGUGAUAGGAUAAGUGAGCUGGAAACCGAGCGGCGGUCGGCUAGGAAGAAGCUUGAUCACUUGUUCAAGAAACUUGCAGAGGAGAAAGCAGCUUGGAGAAACAGAGAGCAUGAAAAGGUGCGUGCUAUCCUCGAAGAUAUGAAGGCAGACCUUGACCAUGAGAAGAAAAACAGGAGGCGGCUGGAGAUGAUCAACUUGAAACUCGUCAAUGAGCUGAAGGAGGCCAAGAUGUCAGCAAAACAGCUGUUACAAGAUUAUGAGACAGAGAGGAAGGCGCGUGAGCUCACCGAGGAGGUAUGCAACGAGCUAGCAAGAGAGGUGGGGGAAGACAAAGCUGAGAUUGAGGCCUUGAAACGGGACUCCCUGAGGUUGCGAGAGGAGCUAGACGAGGAACGGAAGAUGCUCCAGAUGGCUGAGGUGUGGCGUGAAGAACGGGUGCAGAUGAAGCUCGUCGAUGCAAAACUUACUCUUGACGCCAAAUACACACAGCUGAGCAGACUGCAACAUGUUGUUGAGGCGUUUAUUGCCGCACGCAGUACUGCAAAUGGAGACAUAACAGUAGUAGAGGAAGCAGAGAACAUAAUUCAGGCAAUCAAGUCAGUCAGAGCCCAAGGCGCUGAAUUCAGAUAUGAGCCACCGGCGGCAUCGGAAGACAUAUUUUCCAUCUUUGAAGAGCUGCGUCCAAGUGAGGAGCCUGUCAUUAAGGAGAUUGAGCCAUGCUACACGAAUAGCUCUGCCAAAUGUGAAUCGGAAAUUCAACAGGUUAGCCCAAUGACCGAUAUAUUCCUCGAAACGAAAGCCAAAGUUUACUCAAACAAAAGCCCUAAAGAUGAAAGCGACGCCGAAGAUGGCAGCAGCUGGGAGACAAUAAGCCAUGAAGACAUGCGGGGUUCGAGCGGUUCGCCUGAUGGAAGCGAACCUUCAGUCAGCAAUAAGAUAAGCAUUUCUUGGAACAGCAGAAAUGGUUUCGAGUACAGGGAGAACGAGAAGCUGGAAGAUGACUUAGCUGAUGCCUACCUGGCAAGCAUGAACCAACCCAAGAAGAAAGAAUCGGCCAUUUCAAAGCUCUGGAAGUCGUCCCGCCCAAAGAACAGUGAGGUAUGCAAGAAAGAUGCAGUCGUUGAAACGGUGAAUGCAAGACCGUCUAAUGCACGGCACUCAGUGGGGACUUAUUCCACUGUUGAAAGUGGCAUCCAAGAAACUGGACUCAGUCCACCGAGCGUCGAGCAGUGGAGCUCGCCGGACUCGAUGAAUAUCCAAUUCAACCGGGGCUUCAAGGGCUGUAUAGAGUACCCACGGACGUCCCAGAAGCACAGUUUGAAGGCAAAGCUCAUGGAGGCACGGAUGGAGAGCCAGAAGAUCCAGCUCCGCCAGGUCCUCAAGCAGAAGAUCUAGUGCAGGCCAGAACCAGAGGACGAAAUAUUGUAAACCUAGAUUUUAAUCCAAGGAAUAAUGGCAAGGAGUACCUAGAUGCUUCAUUUUUUUCUCCUGUUUUAGAGUAACCUGUAAUGCAUGUACAACAAGGGCUAGAGAGAAAAAAAAGGACAGGGAUGGCCUUGGUGGGCUGUCCGGACUCCGGAGCCUUUGCUGCUUCUGUAUCUUACUUUAGUUUUGGUGUUAUGGUCGGAUCUGGUAGGCUAUGGUGAGAUCUAGCAUGAUGUAUAAUACAGACACAAACAAGCAGCAACGUUGAGACAAAUUGCAUCCCUUUGUAAACAGUUCUCCGGUGUUUUCCAUAACCA